AUGCCGUCGCAAUCUCAGUAUGAAAACUUGUAUGCAUCAGAUUUAAAUGGAUUGCAAUGUCCUUGCUCGCGUAUAUCCGUGCCCUACAAAGAAUUUAUCACAAUUAAUUCCACUUUUCAUCGAGUGUGCACAAGUGAUUUUGUAAAGGAUGUUUGGCUUAGCUUUCUGUAUGGCGGUAGCAUUGGCGGUGGUUAUCCCUGGUAUUAUUACAGCAGGUACGAUAUACGUGUACGUGGUGCUGCAUAUUUUCAACUAUUGUCAUUAUUAUGCUCGACUUCACAAACAACUAUCAAAAAUGCUGUCAAUCAGUUUGUUGAAGAAACAUUUGUGAGUGCUCAAGCUAUUUCUCAACCAAGUUUUUUCGUACAAACCAACGUUACUAUUCGUCAAUUUCAAACGAGCACUACAUCUGAGUUUUCUCGUACCUUGCAACUUAUACGUGAUAUAACACAUGGAAAUACUUUUAUUUCCAGCUUUCGCUUGAACUGGCGCUGGUUGGUAGUGGGUGAGAGUGGUAAUAGUACGGUGCCCACUGAUGCCAUCUCGCCAACUAAUAAUUGUUCUUGUGGUACAAGAAGUGAUUGUGUGCAACCCGGUGGAAUCUAUACGGUGGGUUAUAAUUUUGGAAUGUAUGGUGGUAUCUCUAUUCCUAGUACUCAAAUGUUUGCUAUGCCUGGUUUUAACGUUGGUUGCUCAUCAGUUGAGACACUAUUGCGAUCUACAUUUGAAUGUCUGUAUAAUCAAACAUGUAUUGAUCAGUUACAGAUGUUUGCUACAAUAACCUAUCUCCCGAUUCCUCCUGCAACAGAUUAUAUAAUGGCCAUGAAUUCCACAUUUGUCAGCCGUUUCCAACCAAACACGACUAUCGUCGAUAUUGUCAAUGAGCUUUUUAUUGAACAAUGGCAAGUAAAUGUUUCGUAUUCAAAAUUCUACGAACAAUGUGCACCGACGUAUUGUUCAUAUACAUUGGAGACGAGUCCUACUUUUAUAUACAUUAUAACCCAAACUAUAGGCAUAUAUGGUGGCCUCACUGUUGCCUUGCGUUACAUUUCUUUAUAUACGAUCCAACUAGCAUCGUACAUUGGAAAUCGUGGUCGUAAUAACAGAGUCGCUCCGCUUACUUAA